GGUACCAUUCUCCUUUCUCUCUCAUCAUCAGCAUAUAGUAUUCACAGAGCGGGUGUGAGGGGAGUGGGAGUUUUUUAAGGGGAUUUUGGAGGGGCAUUUUAUUUUCUUAUUUUUGUGGGGAGAAUUUGGGAGUACAGUUCUUGAUCAAGGGAGGGGAAUGGCAGGCGGCGGUGCGGCGGCGGCGCCGAAGCAGGACGAACUGCAGCCUCACCCGGUGAGGGACCAGCUGCCCUAUGUGUCUUACUGCAUCACCAGCCCUCCUCCCUGGCCCGAAGCCAUCCUUCUUGGUUUCCAGCACUACCUGGUUAUGCUCGGCACCACUGUCAUCAUUCCUACUGCUCUUGUUCCUCAAAUGGGUGGCAAUAACGAAGAUAAAGCUAAGGUGAUCCAAACUGUGCUUUUUGUGGCUGGCAUAAACACUUUACUGCAAACCUUCUUUGGAACCCGAUUACCUGCUGUCGUUGGAGGAUCAUACAGCUUUGUUGCGCCCACUAUCUCCAUCAUCUUGGCCGGUCGUUACAAUAAUAUUGCAGAUCCUCAUGAGAGAUUCCGCCGCGUCAUACGUGGCACCCAAGGUGCCCUUAUUGUUGCUUCAACUCUUCAGAUAAUCGUGGGUUUUAGCGGACUAUGGCGCAUUGUCACAAGAAUUCUGAGUCCAUUGUCAGUUGCUCCUCUGGUUGCGUUGGUUGGGUUUGGGCUGUAUGAGCUUGGAUUCCCUGUGGUUGCGAAGUGUAUCGAGAUUGGGCUUCCAGAGAUAAUACUACUGGUCUUAUUCGCCGAGUUUAUACCUCAUGCAGUACGUCUGACAAGGCCUAUCUUAAACCGUUUUGCGGUCAUUGUCUCGGUUGCAAUCGUAUGGCUUUUUGCUUUCUUUCUCACAGUGGGUGGGACAUACAGGCAUGAUCGUCCAAAAACUCAACUUCAUUGUCGUACCGACAAAUCUGGGCUUGUUGGAGCAGCUCCUUGGAUAAGUGUCCCUUAUCCUUUCCAAUGGGGAGCUCCAACAUUUAAUGCUGGUGAGGCUUUUGCAAUGAUGGCUGCUUCAUUUGUUGCUCUGGUGGAGUCCACUGGAACUUAUAUUGCAAUUUCAAGGUUUUCGAGUGCCACACCGCUGCCCCCUUCUGUUCUCAGUCGUGGUAUUGGUUGGCAGGGAAUUGGUAUUUUGUUGGAUGGGCUAUUUGGGACGGCAAAUGGGUCCACGGUAUCGGUUGAAAACGCUGGUUUGCUCGGCCUGACACGUGUCGGCAGCCGAAGAGUAGUACAGAUAGCUGCUGGAUUCAUGAUAUUCUUCUCUGUUCUUGGAAAAUUUGGAGCAGUGUUUGCAUCCGUUCCAGCUCCAAUUAUAUCCGCUGUAUAUUGUCUUCUCUUUGCUUAUGUCGGUUCAGUAGGUCUCAGCUUCCUGCAGUUCUGCAACCUCAACAGCUUCCGGACGAAGUUCAUCUUGGGAUUUUCUGUGUUUCUGGGCUUAUCAGUUCCCCAGUAUUUCAAUGAGUACACUUCUGUUGCCGGAUAUGGUCCGGUACACACUGGUGCGCGAUGGUUUAAUGACAUCAUCAACGUGAUCUUCUCCUCGAAAGCGUUUGUCGCUGGCAUUGUGGCAUAUUUCCUCGACAACACCUUGCAUAGAGGCGACAGCGACGUUAGGAGGGACAGGGGCUACCAUUUCUGGGACAGAUUCAGAUCCUUCAAGACGGACUCGCGAAGUGAGGAAUUCUACUCACUGCCGUUCAACCUCGACAAAUUCUUCCCAUCAAUUUGACUCGGCAGCAGGGGUUUGCUGUAAAGUGCGUGCACGGCUGUUUUGAAAAUUUCUUUCGGUUCCGUUGAAAUGUAUUCUUCUCUUCGAUUUCUAUAUUCCGCUAUUCCGCAAUCAUUUGACAUAUAACAGCAAAAAUUAUCAAUGGUAUCUUUUUUCCUCAUAUUUUGGAUGAGCAGUUUGUAUAUUUAGUGGGUAAAACUAAUAAAGCUGAAAAUCUGUCGGUCAUCGGUCGUCCGCAAUCUUGUAAUUUUGGCUGGUCUAUCACUCUGCUGCUUUUCACGGAAAUAGCACUUAUGUUUCUUCUA